GCGGCCGUGUGACUUGUCGGAGCCAAUCCUUACACGAAAAAGAAGAAGUAUUUCCUGUGCACGAAAAUUCACCUGUCAAACUUUUAUCUAACUCGGAUUUAUUAUGAAAUAAAAUAUAUAAUGCGAUUCAAAAGUGCCUAUUAUUAAAAAAAACGAAUAUGGAAAAGGUUAACACGGACGAGUUGAUCUCGAAAUUAAUUUCUGGCACAUACGAGGAAUUUUCUGACAGUAUUGUUGUGUUUCUAAAAAUUUAUGAUAAGAAGACUAAUUUUGAAGAGUUGAAUAAUAACUGUUUACGAGAGAAGCUAUGGAAGAGAUUGUUUUAUUAUUUAACAGAUUACACUCAUCUAGACCAUCAUCAUCAUUACUUAGCUGCUUUGAGAAUACUCAGUCGAGAUAAAACCAAUUUGAAUGAAUUAAUUACCGAUGAGGCAAUAAAAAUUAUAUUGCAAAAUGCAAUCUUGACAAAAAUAUGCGAAGAAGAACAAAUCUCAUAUACAGCUGAUACAAUAGAAUCACUAAAGUUGUUGUGCAACUUGUUAUUUAACAGUGUAAAAGUGCAACAAUCUAAAGUAUUAGUAUCUUCUUUGCCUUAUCUUAUUGAUCGAAUUAAAAAUUAUUCAAAUAAUGUUCCUCACAAUAUCAAAUUAUUUGAUAUGAGAAUAUUAUUUCUCGUUACUGCUUUAAAUAUAUCUACAAGGGAAAUAGUAAAAAUUGAUUUAUGUGGUGAUAUAUAUCUCAUUAAAAUAAUAGAGGAAUUUGUGACACAAAAUCGUGAUAAUAGGACAACUGUAAUUAAGAAUGAGGAAAUAAUGGUAGUUUUUGAAGUUUUGAAGGUUCUAUUUAAUUUGUACAUACACUCUGAUGAUACUGGAGUCGAAGAUCAAGAGAAAUACAGAAAUUUGGUGUUAAAUUUGUAUAAAUUAUUAGUUUUUAAAUACUCACUACAACAAGAUGAUCUAGAAAGCAAUGUCAUCAAUUUAUUGACUGUAAUACCAUCUAGCUGCUAUACACCAAUUGUACGACCUGUUGAGAACGACGAUUGCGAAAGUGUAUAUCAAAAUAUGGAUAUGAGCGCUAUACGCGUUCUACUUAAAUUUUUAGAUCAAAGAUUAGACUGUAAGAUAAAUUUGAUAGAAAAUAUCUCUCCAGUAGUUACCGCACUGAUCAGACUUGUCAAAUCGGAAAAGAUUAUCCGCAAAUAUGUGAGAUUACAGAUUUUACCUCCAUUAAAGGAUGUGAUGAAUCGUCCUGAAGAAGGGACGACGUUAAGGGCCAAGUUAUGCAAAUUACUAACUUCGCCUCUCACGGAAUUGCGUGACCUAGUUGCAGAACUUUUAUUUAUCCUUUGUAAAGAGAAUGUUAGCCGUAUGGUGAAAUAUACAGGAUACGGAAAUGCGGCGGGUAUGUUCGCCAAGAAAGGAUUGUUAGGGCCUAAUAAUUCGUUUCCGCCUACCCAGGCGGAAACGAAUUAUUCUUCGGAAUCGGAAGAUAGCGAAACGGAAGAAUAUCUAAAGUUUAAAGAGCAAAUAAAUCCAGUAACCGGAUGUUUCGAAAAUCCCAAAUCAAAUCCGCUUGAAGGUAUGACGGAUGCGCAAAAGGAAUAUGAAGCCUUACAACUAGUAAAUCUUGUUGAUAAAUUAACGAGGGAGGGAAUCGUGCGUCCUUGCCGCAUCGGCGACGAUGGGAAACCGAAACCCAUAGAACACGUUCUCGAAUUACAGAGCGAAUUAUCAAGACAGCAGUACGGCAGGAAGGAUUCCGACUCUGAAUAAAUAUAUUUCCAAAAUACAGGACAUGAUCUGUAUGUAGAUAUAUCGAUAUCCUUUCGAAUAAAGAUGUCUAAAGUGGAUAAUUUGUCUCUGUCAUAUGUGUGUGUAGGCCUGUACAAAAUCGUCAUUUUGUUAAAUAAAUAUUACUAACGAUUGUCUAAAUGAUGUAGAAUUACAUAAAAUAUACCCGUAAACAUAAAAACGCGAUGAUAAAAAUAUGGCGUGAAAAAAAAUCGAGUUGAAAAUUCACAAGUCGUUUCGCAUAAAUUAAAUCGCGUUCCAGGAGAUCGCUGUCAAUAAAAAGAAUUCGGCAUUCAGUUGAUUACUUUAUUGAAAAAGAACAAAGAACAACAUUACAAAUUAAACAAUUGACAGGAAAUAAAAAAUAUAUAACAGUUUCUCCAAAAUCACAUGAAAUAUUUAAACAUUACAAUUUUGGUAAAAUGUGUUAUGUGCUUUGUGAGCAUCACAAUAUAUUAUUAUUGCAUUGCAGCCUAUGCGCAGACAAGAAUGUAUAUCUCUACACGUUUCAAAUAACUGCAUAUAGUGAUAUAUCAUUUGAGAAUAUCUUAGUAUAGGAUAGUACAUAUGAAUUGACAGGCAAUGGCAAAUUGAGUUGAUAUGAUGAAGCAAUGUACGAUCAACGGAGAGCAUUUAUCUUUUUUUAAGGCUAAAUUCUGUGUCCAUCCUAUAAUAAAAUAUUUUCAAUACAAUACAUUUGACAAAUAUAUAUAAGUAGCAAAUGUCCCAUAUCUUUAAUUAUGUAAUACGGUAUGUAGAUUAAAAUAUUUUUUUUUCCUUUUUUUUUUGUAAAAGUGUAUAUAGAUGUGUAUACGUAUAAUACCAUUAAAUUUGAAUAUAUUUUAUAUAAAAAUGAAACUUAAAAUUUUGUAGAUAGAUACAAGAUAUAUAGAAAAAAAGCUCUGAUAUGCGAUAAAUAAAAAGAAAGAUAAAAGGAGGGAAAAAAAGAGAGUUGUAGAUCUGUUACAGAUAUCUCGGGGACUAGCCUUGACAAACUUUGGAAGAUUAAAAAUUCGUAAACUAAGAGAUAGAUACAUAUUGAAAUACUUUGAAAUUCAAAUAGUCCGAUAACAGGGGAGGGAGAAGGUGCUUAAUACAAAGGCUGAGUAAUAGUUUUCGAGGAAACUGAUUUGUGUGUACACAGUCGCGCGAUCUGGACGUGUAUAGCUCUAAAUAAUACAUUACAAGGUGACCAUGCUCCUUGGCAUCUCAUUAGCAUAUAAAAAAUAUAUCGGUAUACACGCUUUCCAUAUUGCAUUACAAUUUACCUUUUUCUCAUCAUCAGUUGUACUAUUCUUAUACAGUUUACAUUUUGAAGUAGAAGUGUGAUGUCGGAACAUUUAAAAUCUUUUCCUUUUUCAGAGAUAUAGUUCGUUUCUUAUGGAAAAUACCAAUGGAGGUUUCAGGAAAACAUGGUUUACACAGCGUAAUCCAUAAUCAGUUUUCGCACACAAGACAGUUCUAUUACAGACAUAAUGCAUAUAACACAAGUUAAAUAAUUGAAAAGUUCAUUCCGAAUACAUGUUAUUCAUGUGUGUUAAAUAUAAAUCCGAGAGAAACUAAUACUAAACUAAUUUUGCAUAGAUAAAUGUAUCGGAGCCAGGCUAAACUUUCGGUAAAGCGAUUGUUCUUGAUAUUAAAACAACAGAUGCUUAUUUUUCGCGCUUAUGACAAGUCAAUCUGUUGCUAACAAAAAAAGCCUUUUACGAAACCGAUAAUACCGAAUACGAUAAAUAAAUGUAAUCGCUUUACCGUAAAAAGUUGUUCUCGUUCAGCCUUGCAAUUGCUACUUAAAAAAUAAAAUGGAAACGUGGGAGAGAUCAGGGAUAUAUUCGUGGGUAUGCUACUUGAAACGUCGACACCUUUUAGCAUACCAAGUUGGAAUGCAACUGUAUGUAACGCGUGUUUAGUGGUCAAUUUGAUAUGUAAACAAAGUACUUCCAAAAGGAACAUGUGUUGUAAUAUUUAAAAUAAAUAUUACACGCGUAUGUGUGUCGUGUGUAUGUAUAUACAGGGCAAUGGCGAAAGCAUUUCUCUUUUACCCUCAUUUCUCAGCCUGUUAAGUAUUACAUUGUGUAAACUAAUGCAAAUAAAUAAAGCUAGUGCUGUUUGAGGAAUGAAACCAAGUAACAGUAUAUACGCCUUUUAACACGCCUUUCGCGUUACACUUAUCGUCUAAAGAUAGAAUAUAUUAAAUAUUUGUACUUUAACUGACUAAGCAAGGAUUUAAUCUUAUAAUUUUUGUCUUCUUACUCUAAAAACUUCGAUAUCCCGACACGACGCGAAAAAAAAAAAAAAA